AGAUCAUUAGACAACUUCUAUCUGCCCCGAAGCUGCUUGACGAAGGUCUGGAUUCUAUUGUGCACGACUUCACAGUGUGAUUGGGAAACUUUUGAGGAACUUUUCAUGCGCUCGGAGUUUCCCUGGGGUUUUUGGCAGAAGGAGACUCGGGGGGAUUUCUUCUGACUUUGCUGAUCAGCCAUUGUGGGCCUGAGGGAGGAGAAAGGAUUUCUCUCCCCUGCUGCUUGCUGGAGUUUGUAAUGCAUGGAAGAGAUGUGCUAUCUGAGCCAUGAGGCAGUUAACCCGGGUCAGGUCGGUCUGCCUGCAAGCCGGGAAUGGAUUAGUAUCCCUCUGACUUCCUGAGACUUUGUGCAUACCCCCUUUUUUCUUUGUGUGGAAUAUUCAAGUCUGAUGAAUAUUUUUUCCUGAUGUGCAAACUCCAAACAUGAGCAGAUAGUUCACUUGUUGGGAACUUGUGAGGAGAAGAGAGUGGAUCAAAGCCUCAGCUCUUUGAUCAGCACAUCGUCCAGGACUCUGAGCUCCAGCUGAGGACCACAGGCAGCAGAUCAAAGAGGAGGAUGGCGUCUCAACAACAACAACAACAACCACUGACACACAUCUUCAUCAUCAUCACGUUAUUGUCUUUCUGCUCCCUGAGCCUGUGCAACACAGAGACAGAUGUGCCAGAGGAGGAAGGCUUCAGUGCUGAGGCGUGGCUUCGUAAGUUUGGCUACCUGUCUCAGGCCAGCGGACAGAUGUCCACCAUGCAGUCGGCUCAGAUUCUGUCCAAAGCCAUCAGCGACAUGCAGCGCUUCUAUGGGCUGGAGGUGACCGGCGAGAUGGACCCCGUCACUGUCACAGCCAUGCGCAGACCACGUUGCGGCCUCCCCGACAGAAACCCAGAGCAGACGGUUGACGGUGCGAGGAAGAAGCGCUACACACUCACCGGGCAGCAGUGGGACAAAGACCACAUCACUUACAGUAUAGUGAACCAGCUCAUCCCCCCCUCGCUGGGAGAGGACCUGACGAAUGAAGCUCUCACUAAGGCCUUGGCCGUGUGGAGACAUGUCACCCCGCUCACCUUUGAGGAGCUGCCGAUGGAAAACGACAUCAGGAUCAACGGCAGCCGGACGCAGCUCGCCGACAUCCUGCUGUUGUUCGCCUCUGGUUUCCAUGGUGAUAUGUCCCUAUUUGACGGCGAGGGGGGUUCACUGGCACACGCCUACUACCCCGGACCAGGAAUUGGUGGGGACAUACAUUUUGAUGCAGACGAGCCCUGGACACUUGAAAACCACAAUCCAGAUGGUAUUGACCUCUUCCUGGUUGCGGUCCAUGAGCUCGGUCAUGCUCUGGGCCUGGAGCACUCAGAUAACCCCAGUGCCAUCAUGGCUCCUUUUUACCAGUACAUUCACACGGACAACUUCACGCUGCACGAGGACGACGUCCGAGGAAUACAGCACAUAUACGGUCCUCCUCUCUCCACUGGUGCCCCGCCCACUUCUCCUCAAACCCCCGACAACGGACCCAAAGUCGACUCCCCGACCUCCCCUUCCCCUCCUGAAGAUGCCCCCACUCCCGCUCCCCCCACCGACCCCACACCUGAACCACCCAUCCCGACCGACGGCAGCCAGGAUCCCCCGGCCCGUCCGGAGCCGACCCCGAUCCCAACAUCAACUCCCGUCCUCCCAACCUCCACCUCUACUGUCUCAAGGCGUGAACCAGAACCUGUCACCCCGCCGGUAAGAAAAGAUGAACCUCCCCUUCCGCCCGCUCCUCCUCCUCGGCCCCCUGCUCCUCCUCGGCCUCCCAAGCAGCCUGACAACCAGGCCCCCGACAUCUGUGAUGGAGACUUCGACACGGUGACCAUGCUGAGAGGGGAGAUGUUUGUUUUCAAGGGUCGUUGGUUCUGGCGGGUGCGGAGGAACCGGGUCUUGGAUAACUACCCCAUGCCCAUAUCGGUCUUCUGGGUCGGCCUUCCCAGUGACAUCGACGCUGCCUAUGAACGCCACGAUGGCAAAUUUGUCUUCUUUAAAGAUGACAGAUACUGGGUGUUCAGGGAGGCUGAUGUGCUGCCAGGAUACCCGCAGCCCAUACACGAGUACGGACAAGGAGUUCCUACACACAAUAUCGACACAGCAAUCUGGUGGGAGCCCAACGGAUUCACGUACUUCUUCUCAGGAGACAGAUACUGGCGAUACAGCGAGGAGACCCGGACCACAGACCGUGACUUCCCCAAGCCAAUCAGCAGAUGGGGCCGGAUUCCUCCCUCACCCAAAGGAGCCUUUCUCAGUGACGACAGUGCUUUCACCUAUUUCUACAAGGGCAGCAAUUACUGGAGGUUUGACAACCACAAGACAGAAGCAGACAAAGGCUUCCCUCGCUCCAUCCUGAAGGACUUCAUGGGCUGCACGGGCGCUCCCGACCCUCCGCCCGACACGGACACUGAGCAGGAAGCCAAAGACAAACCGGUGAAGCCUUCGGACCGAGGCAAAGACGAGCACAAAGAGCCGGAUCAAGACACGAACGCAGAGGAAGACCCCAGCGCAAAGCCCGACAGCGCGGACGGAGAGGAGGACCAAGACGUGAACGUUGUAGUGUCGAUGGCCGACAACGAGUCAAAGAUCAUGACUCUGAUCAUGGUGACUGUUCCUCUCGUGCUCGUCCUGUUCAUCCUCGUCCUCGUCUACGCCAUCCUCAGGACUCUGCAGAACAAAGAACCGCCGAGGGCCUUGGUGCACUGCAAGCGCUCGCUGCAGGACUGGGUGUGACGCACAGAAGUGGAGGAGGUGGAACAGGUGUUGAUCAUUUGUGUGGCGCAGUCGCUGGCAUCACAUUUUUACACACGGUGCGACUGAAAGAGGCUUUGACGCAGUACUAAAGUCUGACAAAGCUGAGGAAGAGUCACCUUUUUGAAUCCCAUUCAUUGUGAGAACUUGAAAUAAUCCUAAAGUGGUAGAGUUGGUGCCUGUGGACCUACAGUAUAGAUUUCUUUUUAGUGGCCUUGAGGUUUUAUUCCUGUGCCUCCCUUUGUGCCUUUCAGAUGUCUGACGUCUAUUUCUUAGAAAAUCAUCCCUGUUUACAUCAGAACUU